GACUUUUUGCUCCAUUUUUAUCACAUCGAUGCUCUACUGACGGUUCUUCCGCACCGACCUCAUCCGAGCGCCGUUUCUGCCCAAAGACGACUUGGGUGUCGAGAAAAGGAAGUCGCUGAAAAUUUUCCGCUGCUACUAGCGCAGGAUUGUCAAAUCAGAAAAGUCCCCAUUCUGAGUUCAUCCAGAGAUGGAGCGCCCCAAUACUUUUGGUCAGCGUGUCCCAAGUCAAGUUCUGUCAGACUUCACAGCGGCCGAGAAGUUGGAGCUGGAGAACAUCAAGAUGCACAAGGAAGGACUUCUGGAGGACAUCCAGAAGCUGAAGGAGGAGAUCGACAGCGUCAUGGCCGAGAUUCUCAACUUCGAGUUGGCUGAGACGGAGGAAAGCAGAAACAUGGGAAGGAAACAGUUUUCCAAUGGGAAGAAGAAAUUCAACAUGGACCCCAAAAAGGGCAUCAAUUACCUGGUGGAGAACAAGCUAUUGGAGAGAAGCGCCGGAUGCAUCGCCGACUUCCUCUUCAAGGAGGAGGGCCUCAACAAGACGGCCAUCGGGGAGUUCCUGGGAGAAAGAGACGAGCUGCACCUGCAGACCUUGAAGGCCUUUGUGGAACUUCACGAGUUCUCCGACCUCAACUUAGUCCAGGCGCUCAGACAGUUUCUGUGGAGUUUCCGGCUGCCGGGCGAGGCCCAGAAGAUUGACCGCAUGAUGGAGGCAUUCGCCGCGAGAUACUGCGAAUGCAACGUAAAUGUCUUCCAGUCAACUGACACGUGCUACAUCCUGUCGUUUGCCAUCAUCAUGCUGAACACCAGCCUGCACAACCCCAACGUGAAGGACAAGACCACGCUGGAGCGAUUUGUGUGCAUGAACAGAGGCAUCAACAACGGGCGCGACCUCCCUGCGGAGCUGCUCUCGGUAAACGCGCAGAAACUGUACGAGAGCAUCCGCAAGGAGCCGUUCAAGAUUCCCGAGGACGACGGCAACGACCUGACGCACACGUUCUUCAACCCCGACCGGGAAGGGUGGCUCCUCAAGCUCGGCGGCCGAGUGAAGACGUGGAAGAGGCGAUGGUUCAUUCUGACCGACAACUGUCUCUACUACUUUGAGUACACCACCGACAAGGAGCCCAGAGGCAUCAUCCCGCUGGAGAACUUGUGCGUCCGAGACGUCCCCUUCCCCCGCAAGCCUUACUGCCUGGAGCUGUACAACCCCAACAGUCGGGGUCAGAAGAUCAAGGCGUGCAAGACGGAGACGGACGGCCGCGUGGUGCAGGGCAAGCAUCAGUCGUACGCCAUCUGCGCCGCCAGCGCCGGCGAGAGAGACUCCUGGAUCGACGCCAUCAGGGCGAGCAUCACCAAGGACCCUUUCUACGAUCUGGUCUCCCAGCGCAAGAAGAAGCUCAUCAAACAGAACCAGGACCCGCAGGACUGAACUGGACUCGAGUCAAUGGAACGUGCGCACUGGUGGACAUUUUGGAUCAAAACGCUCGAGCUUAGUCUUCGUAUUUGGGCCCCGACGAAGGCUGGGACCAACUGUGUGCCAGGUGAUUGUGUGUGUGUAUGUGUUUAUAUAUAUGUAUUUAUAAAUAGAAAGGUAAAGUGUUUUUUGUGACAAAUGAAGGUGCAUCUAUAAGGGCCCUCUUUGAGGUGUUUGAACUAUUCAUCACUUCCUCUUCCGUGGUGCAAGCAGCUGUGGAGUUAUUACUGUCCUUCUGCUUUUCUUACACACGCAUUGUCUUCUUAAGAAAUGCAUUUGGGGGGGGGGGGUGCAAAGUAUAUACGGUAUGUAAUAUACCGUAUAUAUAUAUAUAUAUAUGUGCACUGUAUGUAAAUAUAAAAAGAUUGUUCUUUGGUUUUCAUUCAGGUGACACUUUGACUUGUAUCAUAUUUUCAUGACCACUUCCUUUUUUCUAUCCUUGUACAGCUUCAACUACUGAUUACGAAUGCCUGAAAAUUGUUGUUAAGAAUAAAACAAUGUAUUUUAUAUG